AGCAGCAGUCGGCUGCAGGAGCGCGCCCCGUCCGUACAGCCCCGUGCGCGCCCAGACCUCGCUCAGCGUCAAGAUCCAAACCAAGACACAAAUAUGGCCCUGCUACCACCAUCUCCAAAAACCCAGAAGAAGCUGAAAGAGGCACUGUAUCAAGAUCCAGACACAACUGCUCGGGAUGUACAACACAUUAAGGACUGGCUUGCAAAGCAACCACACUUACCGCCAGUAAAUGAUGAUGUCUGGCUGGAGAGGUUCCUGUACGGGUGUAAGUACAGGCUGGCGAAAUGCAAGGCAGUCUUGGACAUGUACUACACAGUGAGGGGAGCAGUGCCCGAACUAUACAGCAAUCGUGAUCCAUUAGACAGUGAUGUAGUUCAAAUGUCAAAAACAGUGUUCGUCUCGCCCGUGCCGCGGCUGACGCCCGCCGGCCGCCGCCUCACCUUCCUGGGGCUGCUGGACGCGGACCCGGCGCGCUGGGACCUGCAGGCGCAGGCCAGGCGCAGCCUCAUGCUGGCGGACCUGCACCUGCAGCUCGAGUCGUGCCUCGGCGUGGAGUACGUCUGCGACCUGCAGGGCGUCUCGCUGGCCCACGUGGCGCGCUCGCCGCCCGCGCUCGUCCGGCGGUUCCUGCUCUGCUUCCAGGAUGCAUUCCCAGUUAGAAUCAAAGGGUUACAUUUCAUUAAUGCUCCUGUCUUCGUAGAUGCCAUUUUAUCCGUCUUCAAGCCAUUUCUAAAGGAAAAAAUAAGGAACAGAAUCCACAUUCAUUCCUCGCUGGAGUCACUGUAUGACUUAUUUCCAAGAGACAUGUUACCAAAUGAAUACGGCGGACAAGCUGGGUCAGUACGUGAAAUGAAUGAUUGGUGGCAGAAUAAAAUGGUGGAAAUGAGGGAUUGGUUUCUCUCUGAACAAGACAAAAAGGCAGAUGAGCAGAAACGACUGGGGAAAAUAGCAAACGGCGAAAACCUUUUUGGUUUAGAUGGUUCGUUCAAGACUCUGGCCAUCGACUAGCCGACGUCCAAUCGAGAAGUGUGCGACUAUGUUCGUAAGCGAUUAAUUAAGCAAGAUAUAUAUUUAUUAUUAUACAUUAUAUUGUUUAACUUCCUUUGUGUCUAAAUCAAAUAACAUUUAUGUAACAAUAAAAUAUUUAAAAA